GACGGACGACCGCGCACGCGUGCUCGACCCCCGCGACGCACGAUGGCGUUCGAGGAUGCGCUCCAGGAAGCGACCGCGUUCCUCCAGAAGACGAACGUCGACGGCGAGUCCGUGUACGAGCAGCUCGCGAAGGUCGUAGGCAAAAUUCUCGAUGAGAAACCGGAAGACGCGGUGGAUCUCCUGGAGACGUCCCUCCUCGUGAAGAAGACGCAGUACGCCCCCCCAGAUCCGAUGUACGCGACGGUCAGGUCGAAGAACGCCGCCGCCGCGGUGAUGUUCAAAGAGCUCUACAAGACGCCGAGCCCGCUGAUCGAUCCGGAGACGGGGGAACCGAUGGAGGCGACGCCGCCGAACGACUUCGAGACGGAGAACGUCGUCGCGGACGCGGCGAUGUACGACGCCUUAGGUCUCGGCCUAUCCCGCGGCGAGAUGUACGGCGUCAUGCUCGCGAUGAAGAGGCUCGGCGAGGACCCGGAGAAGAAGCUCGCCACCGUCCGCUUCUUCGGCAAGAUGCUGGGCACGACGGCAGAUUAUUACGUCUUCGAGUCCACGCUCAAGGAGCCCGCGCCCGCGCCGGAGGGGGAGACCGCGGAGGGCGAAGUCCCACCGGAAGCGUCCGGGCAGGGCGCGAACACGUACACGUACUUUGUGUGCCAGACCCUCGGCGGGCCGUUCACGAAGCUUCCGGAUGUCACCCCCGCGACGAUUCGAUGCGCGCGGCUGAUCAAGCGUUACCUCACCGGCGAUCUCGCCGCCGACGUCUCCGCGUACCCCGCGUUCCCCGGCCUCGAGGCGGACUACCUUCGCGCGAUGAUCGGGAGGAUCGCGUCCGCGACCGUGGUGUGCCCCGCGGGGAUGUUCACCCUGGACGAGGAGACGGGCGCGGUGAACAAGGUUGAGGAGUACGCCCCGGGCGCCGCGGAGGAUAUGGUGGAGCUCGAUCGUUGGGCGCAUCGGUACCCGCACGUGAAGCCGCAAGGCCGGUGCGAAUUUUACGCCGCGCCGAUCCCGGAGCCGGAGGAGGGCGAGGAACCCGCGGAGGAGGUGGAGCCGGAGACGUCCCCGGCGCUGCUGUCCACGCUCGACGCGGACGCGGAGAGCGACGCGAUCGACUGGGGCGCCGCGGUGACGGCGAAGAACGAAGAGGGCGAGGAGGUACAGGAGGGACGGCCCGCGUGGGCGAGCUGCACGUCGUCCACGGUGCCGGGGGUGAAGUUCCCGGUGAUCGGGAUUAAGUCCCUGGUGUGGCCCGGCGCGUUCGUCGCGUACGACGCGUCCACGGGCGCGUUUUCGAACUGCUACGUCGGGUACGGGUUCAAGAACGCGCCGUUUGUGCCCGCGCCGCCGCCGGAGAUCCAGAACGAAUUCGGAUUUACCCCCGAGCCGGAGCCCGUCGAGGAGGGCGAGGAAGCGCCGGAGCCGGCGGAAGGGGAGGAGGUUCCGGAGAUACCGAAGGAGAGUUCUGAGCUCCCGCCGCUGCCGGAGCCGGAGCCGGAGCCGGAGGAGGGCGAGGGCGAGGAGGGCGCCGAAGGCGAGGAGCCCGCCGAGUAGAUUUGGUUCUGACAGAUGAAAAUACUCUGCUUGAGGUUAAUUCCACGCGAUUCCCGGG